ACCUGAGACAUCUCAAAUCAUCCCUCUGACCGACGAGCGCACGGCGCGCCACGGAAUGCGCAGGAGCGACCGACUGUCCGCUGGACGAGGGCGCACGGUCAAGCCAUGGGUCCUUCUUCAGCAGCUUUGAGUUCUUAAUGCAUUAUGAUGUCCUAAAGUCAUAGAGACCCCUGGAAAUCCUUUGAAUUCUCCUUAAGGCAGCGUCUGUAUUGGAAUAAACUAUCAGCUGAUCAAUUUUUCUGUUCGGAUGGAUGAUUUGGACAGAUUCCUCAUUCAUCGUGAUGCGCGUUCAUUCCGUUUCCAAGUGUCUUAUUGACUGACCGCGGAUCAAUUUUUGGACGUGGGCUGACGGCUGGAGAGGAAGAUGACAGCUCUCAACCCAGUGCUGUUCCUGCUCUGCGGUGUCUCUGUGUCUCUGACUCUGAAGGUGGUGUCAAAGAGAGGCUCAGUGGACGGCUGCACUGAUUGGUCCGUGGACUAUCUGAAGUACCGGGUGUUACACGGAGAGCCGGUGAGGAUAAAGUGUGCUCUGUUUUACGGUUAUAUCAGAGCCAACUACACCCAGGCACAGAGCAUUGGACUUAGUCUGAUGUGGUACCGAAGUUCUGGGUUGGGACAUGGCGACUUCGAGGAACCCAUCUCCUUUGAUGGGGUACGCAUGAGCAAAGAGGAAGACGCCAUCUGGUUUCGGCCUGCCGAGCUGCAGGACGCCGGUCUGUACUCCUGCGUUCUGAGGAAUUCCACUUUUUGUAUGAAGGUGUCUAUGACUCUGUUGGUUGCUGAUAAUGACACAGCAGGAUGUUAUAACUCAAAACUGCGCUACACUGAGAAAGGAGAACUGGGCAAGAGUAAAGACAUCUCCUGUCCUGAUAUCCAGGAUUACGUUCAGCCUGGAGAAAAACCGCAGAUAACGUGGUACAAGGAGUGUAACGUGCAGCAGUGGAGGAGCAGCGUGCUGCAGACCGCAGACAUGCUCUCCAUACAGGAAGUGAAGGAGGAUGACAUCGGCAACUACACCUGUGAGCUGGUUUUUGGAGGCUUCCUGGUGCGGAGGACGACCUAUCUGAGCGUGACAGCUCCUCUGACUGAAGAGCCCCCCAGGAUUCUCUUUCCCUCUGAAAACAAGCUCCUCACCAUGGACGUGCAGCUCGGAAGCAUGCUGAACCUGACAUGCCGAGCCUUCUUUGGGUACAGUGGGGACAUCAGUCCGCUUGUUUACUGGAUGAAAGGAGAGAAGUUCAUUGAGGACAUGGACCAGAGUCGGAUUCGAGAGAGUGAAAUCAAGACGGUCAGAGAACACCUGGGUGAACAGGAAGUGUCCAUUACUCUGACCAUAGAUUCACUGGAGGAGGUAGAUCUGGGUAAUUAUUCCUGUUAUGCGGAAAACGGCAACGGGAGAAGACAAGCCAAUGUACAGAUUGGGAAACGAGUGGAGCUGAUGUACACCGUGGAGUUGGCUGGUGGACUGGGUGCGAUUCUUCUGCUGUUGGCUUUGUUAUUGUCUGUGUAUAAGUGCUACAGGAUCGAGCUGCUGCUCUGCUACAGGCAUCACUUUGGUGGGGAGGACACAGACGGAGAAAAUAAAGAGUAUGAUGCAUACCUGUCCUACAGUAAGGUUGAGCUGGAUCAGUGGGGUCAGGAAUUACAGGAAGAGGAGCGCUUUGCUCUGGAGAUUCUCCCUGACGUCCUGGAGAAACAUUACGGAUACAAACUCUUCAUCCCUGACCGAGAUCUCAUUCCUACCAGCAGUAUGAGCGGUCAACAUUACCAGGAUGACACACAUCUUCUUAGAGCGUACAUAGAGGACGUGUCCCGCUGCGUAGACAUGAGUAAACGCCUGAUCAUCGUGCUGACCCCGAGCUACGUGCUGCGUCGCGGGUGGAGUAUAUUUGAGCUGGAGUCCCGUCUGCGCAACUCUCUGGUUUCAGGGGACAUUAAAGUGAUCUUAAUCGAGUGUGCCGAUCUGCGAGGAGUCAUUAACUACCAGGAGGUGGAGGAGUUAAAACAAUCCAUUAAAUGCCUGAGCGUGGUGCACUGGAACGGCCCGCAGAGCAACAAGCCCGGCUCGCGCUUCUGGAAGCAGCUCCGCUACACCAUGCCGUACCGCCGCCCCCAGCAAACCCUCACCAAUCAUGCGCUGGACGCCAGCGAGCCUGGGCCCUUCGCCGACCUGCAGACCGUCUCGGCCAUCUCCAUGGCUACGGCCACGUCCGCCGCCUUGGCGCCGGCUCACCCUGAGCUGCGCCCGUCCCUGCGGAGCUCGUACCGCUCGCACUCUCUGGCACGGCAGAAACACUCGCACUACCGCAGCUACGACUACGAGCUGCCCUUCACGGCCGGAGGAACGCUGCCGCCCCAGCACACCUACUGCAACCUGCCCCUCACCCUCCUGAACGGCCAGCGGCCCGUCAACAACAAGACCAUGCGCCAGCACAGCCUGGAUGAGCACCACGGCAACAAUGCCAUGCUCCCGCUGCUGCCCAGAGAGACGAGCAUCUCCAGCGUCAUCUGGUAAACACAGAGAAUCCGAAACGCGCAUGGUUUGGGCCAUCUGGCACACGGGGGACUAAAUAAGCUGGCAUACAGCACAGGACACGAUGAGGUUAGUGGCUUCCUGUGAGCGGAAUGAUCGUUCUGUCCAUGCUAAGUGGGUCUGAGGAUGUGCGUCUUCUUUUGGGCAUUGAUCCGGCGGCGAGGGACGUCGUAGUGCCGUAUCUGUAGGCGUGAACUGAGCAUAUAAAGUCACACCACAUGGAGGUAUACAGGGUCUCGUGUAGAUGUUAGCGUUAUAUUUGUAGCACCGCUGUCUUCCUGUCUCCAUGUUGGGUUUGAUCACGCCAUCUAUUUUUACUCGUUAACGCUUGAUGCUUUUCGUUUUGUCCCUUCCUCUUUUUUUAGGUUUGACAUGGACAUUUGAUUGAAAUUUUUUGCUUUUUCUUCCUUCUUUUGAAAUGAACUGAAAUAUUCCUCGUUUGAUUUUAGCUACUGUCGUUUUUCCUCGGAAGCUACUGCGUUUUGUUCCGUCCUUCUUUCUGUUGUCCGAUGUAAGGUAUGUAUUUAUGGUUUUAAUUGCAAAAUUUUCAAGAAGGAAAUAUAUUACAAAUUAUGCAAAAUAUACGAAAGCCUAAAGGGGUCGACAGAGGUGAUCAGAGAGCGGUGCUGUCUUCUUUUACAAGAGGAACAGCACCAUUUCUCAAAUAUUAAGGGGAUUUUAAAUGAUGAGAAAUCUAUUUUUAUAUCUGAAGAGUGCUGAUUCUCUCUAAUACCACAGGGUCAAUGGGACAAUGGGACUGGAGACUCUCUUAUUUGUGAAUUUGGGUAUUUUAUACAGUUUGCUACGUUGUUCUCAUCUGUGGAGAAAAGGAAAUGUUUUAUGUUAACUUCUGAAACAAUAAUCAACUGCAUUUUUGUUUGUAUUUUUUUAUUUAUGUUCAUAGUUUAGGACUUUUGUUUCACAGGCAGACCUUUUCACCUUCUUUCACAUUUCUAAUAUGUUUAACUCUCAGUCUGACGUCUUAACACACUGGUUACAUGCUUGUCUUUUUCUCCUCUAGCUGCUGUGUGACUCAGAUACAUGCUGGCAUGUUUCACAGAGGAACACAGGCCUGUAUACUCGCAUUCUAGUAUAGAGUGUCAAAUAACUCUGCUUGAUAACACACCAUAUGAUUUAAUAAAUGCCCAAAGUCAACAUGUAUUUGUUGUAUCUUGUCUAGAGGUUUUCCUAAUCUAGGGGUUUUCACUUAUGGCAGCAUGUACUGACUCUAAGGGGGAAAAACACAAAGCUAGAAUCAGAACCAAGAGGUUUGACAGUAAAAAGAGGUCUAACUGUAUGAAAAAAGAAAAAAGAAAAUCAGAAACGAUUCCUGUAAUUUCUUUUCUCCUAUUUUUCUUUGUUCUUUUUUUUAUUUUUUUCAAAAUUCAGUUGCAAAAAAAAAUUGUUUAUAAAAAUAAUUAGAAUUAUGUAUGAAUGUUUACCUCUUGAGUAUGCAUAGAGACUAGUUGUGUAUCCUGAUUUGAAUAUUUACUGUAUUAUGAACAACAGCUAUCACAGAGAGAUGUGUGAUCUCUCUAGAGGCACAAUCAUUUUUCUUUUUAUAUUGUUUCUCACUGUGUACAGUAAAGUCACAAACCACUAUAAGCUGGUCGGUGAAAUUUUGUGCACGUGUGUGUGUGUGUGUGUGUGUGUGUGUGUGGAGUGCACUGGUUUGGGUGGUUUUACGGGGACACAAAUUUGUAUAAUGUAUAAUUACAAUGUGAAGGUGGUUUAUGAGGACACUGCCUAUAUAUCCCCGUAAUUCAAAAGGCUAAGAAACAUGAAUUGUGUAUUUUGAAAAUCUACAGACGCACAAAGUUUUCUGUUAGGUGUAGGGUUGGUGUAGCUCGAUAGAAUAUACAGUUUGUACAAUAUAAAAACCAUUACACCUAUGGAGAGUCCCCGUAAUCCACCAAUACCAGCAUGACUGUGUGUGAGAGGUGUGUCAGGCCUGAUGUGAAUUCUCUCACAGCGGGUUGUCUGUAAGACACUUAUUUGAGAAACAAACACAAAGUUUUAGGUUCUAGGUGAGUUGCUAAAACUGAAUAUUUCAAUUAUGCUUUUGAACAAAAUGCUACAUACUGGAUACUACAGUUGAAUAAGCAAAAAAAUCAUUUCAUAUCAUAAGCAUAUGAAUGCACCUCUUUAAAUAAAAGAGAAACACAACAUCUAAUGUGCACUUAUUUCUGUAUUACUACAGACUGUGACAUCUAAAAAGAUUCUAUUUUAUGCUUUAUAAUUCUUUGGAUUUGUUGUACAAUGGAAAUGUGUCUUUGAAAAUAGCAUGUAGACAGAUAACAUUAAUAAAUAUUUUACAUAAAAAGAAUUUAUGUAAUUAUUGAACAUAAAUAGACAUAUGGGCAUAAUUAAAAACAAUACUUAAAAUAGUAAAAUGAUAUCACAAUAACUUGAGGAUAAUCACUGCCAAUGCAACACUUUACAGUAAAUUUUAUUUAUUAACUUUAGUUAAUGUACUGGGUAUCAUGAACUAACAAUGAACAAUACUUCUACAGCAAUUAGGUUUCCCGUGGGUCCUUAAAAAUUCUUAAAUUGUACAAGAAAGUCUUAAUUAUGAUUUCAAGAGGUCUUAAAUUUGGGUACAGACCAGAAUCGCGAUACAGCUUAAUGUGACGAUUAAACUUCAAAAAGCUAUAAAUAAUUAUGAGCGCUGCAGGUUUCAAAGUCUGGUGCUGUGCUGCUUUGUGUUCUGCCGCUACCGGGGAAACCGUUCGAAAGCGCCUCCUGCUGGCAGAGAAUAAAUGUGCAUGUUCUAUAAGAAUGUGCAUGUUCAUGUUCUCCUAACACUAAACAUACCCGUUGGUAACCCUCUUCAAAUAUUUAACCUAAUUUAUUUCAAUAUAUUCUGGUUUAAAAUUCAGUUUUCUUGGAAAGAAGACUUGUGUCUAUGCGAGACUUCAGUUAAUUAUCCGCAGUGCUUCACGUCUGAUGUGCUGUUUGUUUGCAUCUGUUUGUUUGUUUGAAUCAGGUCUCCUCUGUUGGAAUAGAUGGUGCUGUCCCAGUCCUAGAACUGCAGCCUCCAGUAUUGCAGGAACAUUGGGUUGUUUUUGUUCAGACCAAUGCAAAAAUCGACCCAUGUGUUUAUCCUGCAAACACGCAGAGCUGUAAUGUGAACUGGUGGAUCGAUAAGGAGAUAAUUCAUUAUAAAAAUCUAAACAGUAAAAUAUGUGUGUAUGUUAUCUAAUUAAUAUAAUAAUGUAUUAAUAAUUGUUUAAAUUAAUAUAAUAAUUAAUACAUUUGACUCAUCCAUCCAUUAACAAAAAUGGUUUAAAGGCUGAAAUGUGAAGUGUAUAAUUUUAUAAAACUUAUUGUUUUUGUGAAAACUUCUAUCUGAACUGUAAAUCAUGCCUUUUACAGUCAUUUUACAGUUUACCAUAGACAUUGCCCUACCCUGCUCAUAUGGUAUUCAUUUUAUUUGUGCAGGUCUUAAAAAGUCUUAAAUUUGAGCUUAAAAAUCCAGCAGCAACCCUGAUUAUCUAAUGAAAUGAAAAUUUACUAAAACUUUUCUCACCCCCGGACCAUUCAAGAUGU